GUAUGUGUGUGUGUUGGUGUUCCGAUCCGAUUGCGGAUAAUAAUUGAUAAGGCUUUGAGUGAGCUUCCUGUCCAGAGGGACGGAAUAGCAGUGACGAACGGUAUUUAAAACGGAAGAGCUGCGACACGUUGAUAAGCGCAGCGGAUACGGUGGUGUUUACCUACAUUACGCACACUGUACAACGGCCAGUUGCUGUCGUAUGAAUUUCCAGAAUUAGAGAGCCAGCUCUCUCGACCGAUUGUCGUUUGGAUGCCCAGCGCCAGAACACGUUGUUGUACCGACGAUGUAGAUGCAUUGACACGUUAUUAGUUCCCCCGUUCAAUCCAUCGGACAGUGCCGAUAGAUAAGCAAGGGUAGCAGCAAUGGUUCACUGAAGCCAAUCGCUCGCCGCUGCCAUUGCUCUGUUGGAGUGCAUUAACCCUACUUGAAGGUUGAAGAGCGAGUACACAGGCAUGGAGGAGGUAGGGACACAUCUUCAGUCCUUCGAGGGUGGUUCCUGUUUAUGCGAACGUCGUGCGCAUACUGAAGGGGGACACAGGGUGCCCUAGUAUUCCUAUGAUAAUGCUGGUACCGGCGUACCUUCUUUCACGUGUUGACUGGCACACUGGGGACCUUAUUUGAAUUGCGAUAUCUGGCGAGGUAAGUUUGGCGCGAACUAGCUCAUCUUAUCAGCAGCAGCAAACCCGCUCCGCUUGGGGCUGUAAAGUGAGGUUCUGUGAUGUUUCGAAUGCGUGCCCGUUCUCGUGGCGCGUCUAAUGUUUCAUUAGGUCCUCCUCGCAAGAUUCCAAGCUAAUGACCUUCUUCCUGCCCUUUUGGACUUCGAUGGCUGAGCAUACAUUACCCAGCCAGAAGACGAUCGUAUUCGAAAGAGACCGGGAAUGCAUCUCUAUGCAUCCCUGUUGCGUUUGCGCUGAUAGUGCUCUUCAGCGUUGGUCAUUGCGGCGCGCGCGACACAAGAAGAUUGUAGCUCGGUCGCAGCUCAGACAGGAACGGGAUGAUAAGGUUAAAUUAAAUCCAAUUGUACGCCGUACACCACCCAUCAGCAACCUUCUACACGGCUCUGUCUGUGCUCACGUCGCUCUGCUUCGGUAUCGGUCGCAGAACGGAUUUCAGUCCAUUCUCGGUGGUGCUAUAGAGCUGGUGAAGAGAGAUCAUAUUGUCGCGACAGCUCGACGGUCCGUGUCGUCCAGUAGCGUGUUACUCCUAGUAGUCUAAGAGUUUAGAGUGAUGGUAGUGCCCCGGCCAUUGCCCGUGAUGGGCCCACCGGAACACCUUGGAUCGUUGCACAACAUUGCGGCCAGUCUGGCGGAUAUACGCAUCGUAUCGGAUGAGGAGAUCGAUCGUGCUACGCCGUCACGGCAGCAGCAACAGCGACGCCGUACAAAAUUCGUCCUGCGAUACCUGGAGGAGAAGGUGUUCGAGCUUGGUCGGCAGCUUCACGUUAGCCAGGGUCGUGCAUCGAUUCGGCGUAUGUUACGGUUUCUUCCCGGAGUCCGGAAGUCCGCCAAAGCCAAAGGCUACGAGCAUCUGGUGACAGAUGAGGAGCGCAGGUGGCUGGAUGCCUAUUCCGCAAGGGAUACCGAACUGUCCGCCCGGCUUGGAAUACCUUACUGCCAUUGAUCAGCUGCUGGUGCACCAGAAGGUGGAGCUGCUCGAAGCGUUCACCGGUUUCGAGACGGCCAACAAGUACACCGUGAAGAACACGCUCGGCCAGAAGGUGUACUGGGCGGCGGAGGACACUGGCUGCUGCAACAGGAUGUGCUGCGGUGCGGCCCGUGCCUUCGAUAUGAAGGUCCUUGAUACGUACCAGAACGAGGUGCUGCACUUUAAUCGACCGCUACGCUGCAGCUCCUGCUGGUUCCCGUGCUGUUUGCAGACGAUGGAAGUGACGGCACCACCCGGCAACGUGAUCGGAUACGUGGAGCAAGACUGGUCCAUCCUAACGCCCCAGUUCAGUAUCAAGGAUCAGAACGGUGAGACUGUGCUGAAGAUCUCCGGUCCCUUCUGUACGUUCAGCAUUUGUGGUGAUGUUGAGUUUGAGGUGCUCUCUACCAAUGGAACACAGGUGGGCAAAAUCAGCAAGCAGUGGUCUGGAUUGGGCCGGGAAUUGUUUACCGAUGCGGAUCAUUUCGGUAUUAACUUCCCGAUGGAUCUGGACGUCAGGGUAAAGGCCACCCUGCUCGGUGCUCUAUUUCUAAUUGACUACAUGUUCUUCGAGAAGAGCGGUAACAAGGAACAGGAUCGUCCGGGAAUGUUCUAAAAACGUUCUCUUGCCUUCCCUUGAUUCGUUUGUUUUUUGUUUGUUUUCCAUUUUAACUACAUCUACAUUAGCCUUAAAAAAGGGGGGCCAUGUUCGCCUUACGACUGUUUUCUUCCACGUUUAUUCCCAGUUAUUUGUGUUACCGUUUCCCAAAGAGCAUUCACCUGCCAGUGUCGGGAGAGUUCAAUUAGACCAUAGUCUAAGGAUGAGAAGAACUAAGAAACAAAUCGUAAGCACACAUCGUACAGUAAGAACUACAGCAGUCGCACAGGUGCAGGAAAUAGCACAAAACCAAAGGAUUUGAAUGAACAGUCAGUGCGAGACGAUCGAUGAUACUAUGUUGUCUGUUGUCUACACAAUCGAAAGAGUAGCGCAAAUAUUGAAAUGCGAGGCUGCCAGAAUGUUGAAUCUUAAAACCGAUACUACUGCUACUACUAUUUAUCCUACUGCUUGGUGUUAGUUUUUUUUUGUGCCCCCAGGUACUUGACAGAGCAAGUACAGUACUUCAUAAACGUCCAAUAUAAUGCUUCGCGCAAUGGGUUUUUUGUAGGAAAUAAGAUGGAAUGGAUAUAGAUACAGCUAGGGAAAUUGCUGCCUGCUGUAUGAAUUAAAUAAUCGAAGUUAAGAUUUCUGAAUGUUUAUACGCAUUAUAUUGUCAUUUCGGACAAAUUGUGUCGCUUAACAUAAUACAUACACUUAUACAGUAUAUGAGCAUAGAUGGAUACAUCUACGCAAUCGUUGCCUCAUACUAUUUACCUCCUUGUACAACGAUUUACUUAUAAACGAAAAAUGAAAAGAAAAACCGAACAGUAACUUUAAGCGAUGUCCAUAUUUUGCAACGAAUUCCGCCGACGCGGUAUGCACCACCACCUCUGUUGCCUCUUUCGAUCGCUUUAAGCAAAUGAACGCAGUGAAACUAACGGAACAGCGAUAGUACAAGGAAGUGCCGUAAGAACUUUACAAUGGAUAUGCGAAUCAAUCGAAAUGCACGAAACCCAAUUGUACACGUAAACGUGUGUGGGAAACGCAAAUAAGCAAAAGGUUCCAUGCACGUUAGUAAUAAAACCAGUUAACGGAAGUGCACCAAAAUCCUCGGUAAGCAAGCGCGUGUUGUGUUGUCAAUUCAUUUCCAUCCAU